GCGGAGAUCGAGUCUCGCGUGGAGUUGGAGCGGAGGCUGAAGCAGGCAGAGGAGGCUCUACAGAACCUGGAGAAAGGUCUGAGCUCUCUGGAACGCUCCAAGGAGAAGGACGACAAGAUGAAGGGAGACGUCAACAACCUCAGGAGUGAGCUACACUAACUGCACACACACACACACACGCACACACACACACACACACACGCACGCACGCACGCACACACACACGCACGCAUACACGUACGUACGUACAUACAUACACACACAUACACACAAACAAACACACACACACAGACAUUCUUCAUGAGUCAUAGAGAAACACACUGCCAUAAACACUUCUACCCACAGUUUCAGUUAACCCAGAAUAAUUCAUAAAAGGAUCAGUUGACCCAGAAUAAUUCAUAAAGGGGAUCAGUUAACCCAGAAUAAUUCAUAAAAGGGUUCAAUUAACCCAGAAUAAUUCAUAAAGCGGAUCAGUUAACCCAGAAUAAUUCAUAAAGGGGUUCAGUUAACCCAGAAUAAUUCAUAAAGCGGAUCAGUUAACCCAGAAUAAUUCAUAAAGCGGAUCAGUUAACCCAGAAUAAUUCAUAAAGGGGUUCAGUUAACCCAGAAUAAUUCAUAAAGGGGUUCAGUUAACCCAGAAUAAUUUAUAAAGGGUUCAGUUAACCCAGAAUAAUUCAUAAAGGGGUUCAGUUAACCCAGAAUAAUGAAUAAAGGGGUUCAGUUAACCCAGAAUAAUUCAUAAAGGGGUUCAGUUAACCCAGAAUAAUUCAUAAAGGGGUUCAGUUAACCCAGAAUAAUUAAUAAAGGGGUUCAGUUAACCCAGAAUAAUUCAUAAAGGGGUUCAGUUAACCCAGAAUAAUUAAUAAAGGGGUUCAGUUAACCCAGAAUAAUUAAUAAAGGGGUUCAGUUAACCCAGAAUAAUUAAUAAAGGGGUUCAGUUAACCCAGAAUAAUUUAUAAAGGGUUCAGUUAACCCAGAAUAAUUCAUAAAGGGGUUCAGUUAACCCAGAAUAAUUAAUAAAGGGGUUCAGUUAACCCAGAAUAAUUAAUAAAGGGGUUCAGUUAACCCAGAAUAAUUCAUAAAGGGGUUCAGUUAACCCAGAAUAAGUAAUAAAGGGGUUCAGUUAACCCAGAAUAAGUAAUAAAGGGGUUCAGUUAACCCAGAAUAAGUAAUAAAGGGGUUCAGUUAACCCAGAAUAAUUCAGUGUGAGUUGUUUUCCUUCCUCCUGGAUAGAACAUGUACAAGUUAUAGCUACAGUAAAUUAUUUCAACUACUGAGUGCUGCAAGGAACAGAACUAUGAUCUAACUGUGAAAUAAACUACGCUGAACAAAAACGCAACAUGGAACAAUUUCAAAGAUUUUACUGAGUUACAGUUCAUAUAAAGAAAUCAAUCAAUUGAAAUAAAUUCAUUAGCCCCUAAUCUAUGGAUUUCACAUGACUGGGAAUACAGAUGUCUGCUGGUCACAGAUACCUUAAAAAAAAGGUAGGGGCGUGGAUCAGAAAACCAGUCAGUAUCUGGUGUGACCACCAUUUGCAUCAUGCAGCGCAACACAUCUCCUUCACAUUGAGUUGAUCAGGCUGUUGAUUGUGGCCUGUGGAAUGUUGUCCCACUCCUCUUCAAUGGCUGUGCAAAGUUUCUGGAUAUUGGUGGGAACUGGAACACUCAGUCAAUACACGUCGAUCCAGAGCAUCCUAAACAUGCUCAGUGGGUGACAUGUCUGGUGAGUAUGCAGGCCAUGGAAGAACUGGGACAUUUUCAGCUUCCAGGAAUUGUGUACAGAUCCUUGCGACAUGGGGCCGUGCAUUAUCAUGCUGAAACAUGAGGUGAUGGCGGCGGAUGAAUGGCACGACAAUGGGCCUCAGGAUCUCGUCACAGUACCUCUGUGCAUUCAAAUGGCCAUCGAUAAAAUGCAAUUGUGUUCGUUGUCCGUAGCUUAUGCCUGCCCAUACCAUAACCCUACCGCCACCAUCGAGCACUCUGUUCACAACGUUGACAUCAGCAAACCGCUCACCCACACGACUCCAUACACGCUGUCAGCCAUCUGCCCGGUACAGUUGAAACCGGGAUUCAUCCGUGCCAGUGGCCAUCGAAGGUGAACAUUUUCCCACUGAAGUCAGUUACGACGCCAAACUGCUGUCAGGUCAAGACCCUGGUGAGGACGAUGAGCACGCAGAUGAGCUUCCCUGAGACGGUUUCUGACAGUUUAUGCGGAAAUUCUUCGGUUGUGCAAACCCACAGUUUCAUCAGCUGUCCGGGUGGCUGGUCCCGCAGGUGAAGAAGCCAGGUGUGGAGGUCCUGGGCUGGCGUGGUUACACAUGGUCUGCGGUUAUGAGGCCGGUUGGACGUACUGCCAAAUUCUCUAAAACGACGUUUGAGGCAGCUUAUGGUAGAGAUAUUAACAUUAAAUUCUCUGAAAACAGCUCUGGUGGACAUUCCUGCAGCCAGCAUGCCACAGAUUGGCAUUGUGUUGUGUGAUAAAACAGCACAUUUUAGAGUGGCCUUUUAUUGUCCCCAGCAUAAGGUGCACCUGUGUAAUGAUCAUGCUGUUUAAUCAGCUUCUUGAUAAAAAAAAACAACAACAUUGUAAAGUGGUUAUCCCACUGGCUAUAAGGUGAAUGCACCAAUUUGUAAGUCACUCUGGAUAAGAGAGUCUGCUAAAUGACGUAAAUGUAAAUGUAAAUGUAAUGCCACACCUGUCAGGUGGAUUGAUUAUCUUGGCAAAUGAGAAAUGCUCACUAACAGGGAUGUAAACAAAUUUGUGCACAACAUUUGAGAAAAAUAAGCUUUUUUGUGCGUAUGGAACAUUUCUGGCAUCUUUUAUUUCAGCUCAUGUAACAUGGGACCAACACUUUACAUGUUGCGUUUAUAUUUUUUGUUCAGUAAUAGCUACAUGUGAUGUGUGUUCUUCACCCAGAGUUCUUUGAGGAGUGUAUCUGUGCUGCAGAGAUCGAGGCCAAGCUCCCUUCUAUUAUGAAGAAUGCUGUGUAUCUUCACAAGGCUGCAGCACGACGCAUUAAGAGCUGCCGGAUACAGAGACGGGCCUCCAAACACCACUGGUGUAAGUACACAGGGCCUCCAAACACCACUGGUGUAAGUACACAGGGCCUCCAAACACCACUGGUGUAAGUACACAGGGCCUCCAAACACCACUGGUGUAAGUACACAGGGCCUCCAAACACCACUGGUGUAAGGACACAGGGCCUCCAAACACCACUGGUGUAAGGACACAGGGCCUCCAAACACCACUGGUGUAAGUACACAGGGCCUCCAAACACCACUGGUAUAAGUACACAGGGCCUCCAAACACCACUGGUGUAAGGACACAGGGCCUCCAAACACCACUGGUGUAAGUACACAGGGCCUCCAAACACCACUGGUGUAAGUACACAGGGCCUCCAAACACCACUGGUGUAAGUACACAGGGCCUCCAAACACCACUGGUGUAAGUACACAGGGCCUCCAAACACCACUGGUGUAAGUACACAGGGCCUCCAAACACCACUGGUGUAAGUACACAGGGCCUCCAAACACCACUGGUGUAAGUACACAGGGCCUCCAAACACCACUGGUAUAAAUCCACAGGGCCUCCAAACACCACUGGUAUAAAUCCACAGGGCCUCCAAACACCACUGGUGUAAGUACACAGGGCCUCCAAACACCACUGGUAUAAAUCCACAGGGCCUCCAAACACCACUGGUAUAAAUCCACAGGGCCUCCAAACACCACUGGUGUAAGUACACAGGGCCUCCAAACACCACUGGUGUAAGUACACAGGGCCUCCAAACACCACUGGUGUAAGUACACAGGGCCUCCAAACACCACUGGUGUAAGUACAUACACCAGUGGAGGCUGCUGAGGGGAGGACGGCUCAUAAUAAUGGCUGGAACGGAGCGAAUGGAAUGGCACGAGCCCGUCCUCCCCAAUUAAGGUGCCACCAACCUCCUGUGACGCACACACACACACACACACACACACACACACACCACACACACACUCAUGUCUCUUCCUCUGCAGUGAAACACUCCCAGUCGUUCGUGGUUGCCCGUGGCGACAGCGGCAGCAUGGAGGACCUGAGGGAGACCGCCCGGCGACUGACCUCCGACAGCUGCUUCAGGAAGAGCGUCUACAAGAUCAUCACACGCCACGACCAGGAGGCCUCCGCCAAGAAAGAUGACUGA